AAUAUAGAAAGAUGAGUUUCUUGAUUUACAAUGUGAUAGUUUGCUCAACAAUUCCAACAAUCUCCUUUGGAGUAAAUCAUGAGAUCAUAUCAAGAAAAGAAACAGAUAUGGAAGGAGAAUAGAGGAUCUUUGAACUUCUCUUCCAUGAUAAGUAUUUUUCAGAGAACGUGGUCCUUGAGAGAGUGAGACUGAGGGUUCUAUAUUCAGCUAUGUCCAACACUCUAUUCAGAGGGUUACCUCACACUUUCUAUUAAUAUUCAGAUUGGGAAAAUGUGAUCACCUCCAGCAUUCCUAGGAUGCAGGCAAGGAUUGAAGUAUCGGUAUCGGCUGCCGUAUUGGUUGGCUAAAUUUAAGAUACGUAUCAGAGGGUAUCGUAUCGUAUGGAGAUACACUAAGAUAUGCUAAGAUCAAGGAGACAAGGAUUAAAGUAUCGGUGCCGGUUGCCAUAUGAUACGUAUCGGAGGGGUGUCGUAUCCUAUCGGAGAUACUUUAAACCAUGGGUGCAGGUUCAGGUGUCUUGGUCCCUUCCUCAGGGGGAAUACUUAAGCUAAUUAUAUCAAUUGAUUGGAACUGAAACCUUGUUACUAAAAUGAAAAAUAUGAGACAGGUUUGGAUGGUGAUCUCCUUGAUCGGUUCACCCAAUCGAGCCUUUAUUAAUAUGCAAGCUGUCCCAUGUUUGUGUGCAAAAAUACACUUAUAUUGCGGGCAUAAAAUACACCCCUUUUCUUUACACUCCUAGAAGAUAAUGAUGUCGAGCAAAGGACACAGCUUUUGUGAAAAUAUCAGCAAUAUGAUGAGCAAAAGCUAUGUAGAAAAGAGAAAUGAGGCCACAGAGAUAUAUCUUACGGAUGAAGUGACAAUCAACCUCAAUAUGUUGGAUACACUUAUGAACACAGGAGUGGAAGGCAAUAAAAACAGUGCUGGUAUUAUCUACACAGAGAGGUGUCAGCUCUGGAAAGAAAAACAAAAAAACAACCAAACAACCAUCACCAAGAAAACCAUGAAGCCAAAUGACUUCACUGCAAACCAAGGACAUUUAGCGAUAAUCAGCCUCAGCAAAAGACUUAGAACGUGAACGUUGCUUCUUACAUUUCCAAGAGAUGAGUAAGUCACCAUGAAAUACACACCAUUCUGAAGAAGAGCACUGAGUGUUUGGACAACCAGCCCAAUCAGCGCCUGCUUAAUCUCAUAGCUGAAGCGAUGAGGAAUAGGAGAAGAAUAAACCCUGCUUUGAUGUGCUUCACAAGUAGCCAAUAAUAUGAUGAACAACAGUGAAGUGAAACUGGCUAGGAGAAGAUACAAAUUGGCUCACAAUGUGGACAUCACAAAUAAUGUCAGGACGAUCAUGGUCCAGCUUAGCCUUUUGCCUUUAUGGUUUGCUGCAGGAAAAAGGAGGGAUUGCUACUUUUCUAAGCUUGCAGAUGAGAGCUGUAAUGGCAUCCUCAAUCUAGUGAAUGAUCCAUCCACGACCUUAAGGUGUAUACUAAGACAUGGCGGAUUCCAAAAUCUGAGGAUUCGUUUAACUGAGUUUAUGGAGAGAGUUGAUCUGUCGGAUUGUCCACAGAUAACAACAGCUUUUUUGCAAUUGGCACUUUGUUCAUAUAGCACGGAACCCUUAUUGCCUGAGAGAGUUGAACAAUCUUUGAUUGAGCAUCAAAAUCUUGUUGGGGACAAAUAUCCUAUCUCUCGAUGUUUGGUUCAAAGUUUUUCUUUUGAAGCAGUGCAUGUGUUGGACAUUUCGAAGUGGUCAGGAGUACAUUUUGAAGCCGCCAUUGAGCUCUUCUGCAAGUUAUUCCCAUCAUUGAGAACAUUGAAAGCAUCUUACUGUCUGAAUUUCAGGAUGACGACUCUGUAUUAUUUGGUACAGAAAUUCUCUCUGGUUGAUGAAGUUGACUUAACCGUUGAUGUUAGUCCAGCAAUACCAAUGCAAGUAUCAACAAUAUCCACAAAUAUUGAGAGUUACAGAGAUUUAAGUGGUUCAUCAUACAAGAUGAUAAGAGAUGAACUGUCACUUUCAAGUAUAACAAAGCUCACAUUAAAGGGACGAAGUGAUAUUAAUGAUAUGGACCUUGAGAGAAUAUCCUCAGUCUUUGCUUCUUUAUCGCACUUGAACAUUAAAGGUUGUACUUCUGUUACGGAUGUGGGUAUAUCCAAGCUCAUAUGCAAAUGCAUGGAGCUUCACUCUCUUGUUGUUUCUGAUACUCGCUUUGGAAGAAAUUCAAUUCUAUCGCUUUGUUCAUCCUUUCCUUCAGAGGGUUUUCCUGUGGUACAUUGUGAGCAGAAGAAUUCAACAUCAUUCGCCUUCAGACUUCAGAAACUUAACAUUGGUGGCUGCAAGAGUGUUGAUGAAACAUCUCUGUUACUGUUGUUAUCUCACACAUUCCGUCUUAAGAGUUUGUGUAUGAGGGGUACCGUUCUAGCUGAUGAUGCUCUCUGUAAUUUCUUUGGUUCAUCCUUGGAGAGGGUUGAUGUUUCAGAUACCAUGGUUUCUGAAACCUCAUUAAUUCACAUUAUCAGAAGAAAUCCUGGUUUGAGGCUUUUCAAAGCAAGAGGGUGCAGGAACUUGUGUCAUGGUGGGAGUAGACAAGAAGAAGGUAAAUUAACUUCUGAAGUUUUGUCAUACCAUGGUUGUUCCCCCGGAGAAGACAUGUAUUUUGAAUUAGGCAGGAAAUGCAUGUUGGAAGAAGCGGCCUUUGGAUGGGGAUUUUCUCCUUUCUCACUAAAGCAUUUGGGACCGGCAAUUAAGUCACUAAGAGCCAUAGCAGUGGGUCUUGGUGCAUCAUUUGGCCAUUAUGAACUCACUCUACUGCAUGAGACUUGUCCUAUGCUAGAGUCGGUGGUUCUUCAUUUUCAGGUUAUAUCUGAUGUUAUUGUGAAAAGCAUUGUGGAAUCCUUGAAACAUUUGAAAGUCUUGGGUCUAUGUUAUUGUCUUGGUGACUUGUCUUCGUUAAGUUUCUAUUUUAGUAUGCCUAGCUUAAGGAAAUUGAGGUUGGAAAGGGUGACUCCAUGGAUGAAAAAUGCCGAUUUGGUCAUUCUGACUCAGAGCUGUCCAAAUCUAAUUGAGCUUUCACUAUCAGGAUGCAAACAUCUAAAUUCAGAAUCUCAGAGGAUUAUUUCAAAUGGAUGGCCAGGCUUGAUAUCUAUACAUCUAGAGGAAUGUGGAGAAGUAACAAUGAACGGUGCUUCUUCUCUUUUCGACUGCAAGGCUAUUGAAGAUCUCUCACUGCGCCAUAAUGGUUGUGGAAUCCAAAGGAGCUUCGUUGUUGAUGCUGCUUCGAAGCUUCCCAUGCUUCGGAAAUUAUCUCUGGAUCUGUGUGACGCAAAUGAAGGUGGCUUUGAUAGUCCUAGCUGUGCUGAUAGGUUCUCCUUGAGUAUCAUUAAAAUAGCAAGAUGUAAGCAAUGGAGAUGUCCGUUCAAUCUCCAAAAACUGGAUGACUGUAGAAGACCACUUCAUAAGGAGACCAUAAUUUUGGAGUGGAACAGUAAAGAACUCAGAACGACAGUGGUGAAGGAAAGAGUGUAAUGGAGAACAGUGCAGUAUGGACUUUCAUUUACCAGAACAUUUAGGUGAUUGGCUUAAUUGAUUGCGCCGCGUUUGUACUUUAUAGAAGUGAUCAAAUAAUGAAUGGUUUCAAGGAGCAGAAUCUGUGAGGUGGCUUCAGCUGUAAAUACUGCUAAAACAAGCUGGACAUGAUAAUCCUGUGUUCAAUCUUGCAGCUAAACUGUAUUGCACCUUCUGUUGGGAUUGGCCAUAAGUCCCUUCUAUCCUA